UUCUCCGCUGACCAACCUCCUCCGCCAUUGCAGGUCCAGGGAGUCGGUGUAGCGGCAGUUAGUCGUUAGCCAAGGGAACCGCAUAAAUAAACACUAUCAUCGCACCGGCAACCGUUUCCGAACACCACUCAUUCACUGGACUCGAGACCAGACGUUCCCUGGGUUUUCGGGUAGGAUCUGAGACGAGUCGUCGUAGUUAGUUUAGAAACCGGAGGAGAGUCAGAGGAACCGCCAUGGCUCAGAUCCUGCCUAUUCGUUUCCAGGAGCACCUGCAGCUCCAAAAUUUGGGAAUCAAUCCGGCCAACAUAGGCUUCAGCACGCUGACCAUGGAGUCAGAUAAAUUCAUCUGUGUCCGGGAAAAAGUGGGGGAGCAGACUCAGGUGGUGAUCAUCGACAUGGCCGACCCAAAUACACCCAUCCGCCGGCCCAUCUCUGCCGACAGCGCCAUCAUGAAUCCUGCUAGCAAGGUCAUUGCACUGAAAGCUGCCAAAACUCUUCAAAUCUUCAACAUUGAGAUGAAGAGCAAGAUGAAGGCACACACCAUGACAGACGAUGUCACCUUCUGGAAGUGGAUUUCACUCAACACUGUUGCACUUGUGACUGACAAUGCUGUCUACCAUUGGAGCAUGGAGGGCGACUCCCAGCCUGUGAAAGUUUUCGACCGCCACUCCAGCCUGGCAGGAUGCCAGAUUAUCAACUACCGCACUGAUGCCAAGCAGAAAUGGCUUCUUCUCAUUGGCAUUUCAGCCCAGCAAAAUCGAGUAGUGGGAGCCAUGCAGUUGUACUCUGUGGAUAGAAAAGUGUCACAGCCCAUUGAGGGCCAUGCUGCCAGCUUUGCUCAGUUCAAGAUGGAAGGUAAUUCCGAGGAGUCAACUCUGUUCUGCUUUGCUGUCAGAGGCCAGGCAGGAGGCAAGCUGCACAUCAUCGAGGUUGGAACUCCACCAACUGGCAACCAGCCAUUUCCAAAGAAAGCUGUGGACGUUUUUUUCCCUCCAGAAGCUCAGAAUGACUUUCCAGUGGCCAUGCAGAUAAGCUCCAAGCAGGACGUGGUUUUCCUCAUAACCAAAUAUGGCUAUAUUCACCUGUAUGACCUGGAAACUGGCACCUGCAUCUACAUGAACCGCAUCAGCGGCGAGACCAUCUUUGUCACUGCUCCACAUGAAGCCACAUCUGGCAUCAUCGGGGUCAACAGGAAGGGACAGGUGCUGUCUGUGUGUGUGGAAGAGGAAAACAUUAUUCCAUACAUCACUAACGUGCUGCAAAAUCCAGACCUGGCUCUCCGCUUGGCCGUCCGCAACAACCUAGCGGGGGCAGAAGAGCUGUUUGCUCGCAAAUUUAAUAACCUCUUUGCUGGUGGCAACUACUCUGAAGCCGCCAAGGUGGCUGCUAAUGCACCAAAGGGCAUUUUGCGCACCCCAGAUACUAUUCGUAGGUUCCAAAGCGUCCCAACACAGGCCGGCCAGACUUCCCCUUUACUGCAGUAUUUCGGCAUCUUGUUGGACCAAGGCCAGCUGAACAAGUUUGAGUCCCUGGAGCUCUGCAGACCUGUCCUCCAACAGGGAAGAAAACAACUAUUGGAGAAGUGGCUGAAGGAAGACAAGCUGGAAUGCUCUGAGGAACUAGGAGACCUCGUAAAAGCAGUGGACCCGACACUGGCACUUAGUGUCUAUCUGAGGGCCAAUGUUCCCAAUAAGGUUAUUCAGUGCUUUGCUGAGACAGGACAGUUCCCAAAGAUUGUCCUUUAUGCCAAGAAGGUGGGCUACACUCCAGACUGGAUAUUCCUCCUGAGGAAUGUGAUGCGCAUUAACCCGGAGCAGGGAUUACAGUUUGCCCAGAUGCUGGUCCAGGAUGAAGAGCCUCUGGCUGACAUCACUCAGAUUGUGGACGUGUUUAUGGAGUACAACCUGAUUCAGCAGUGCACUUCCUUCCUCCUGGAUGCUCUUAAGAAUAACAGGCCAUCAGAGGGGCCCCUGCAGACACGUCUGCUUGAGAUGAAUCUCAUGCAUGCACCACAGGUUGCAGAUGCAAUUCUUGGCAACCAGAUGUUCACCAAUUACGACCGUGCCCACAUUGCCCAACUCUGUGAGAAGGCUGGGCUCCUGCAGAGGGCUCUGGAGCAUUACACAGACCUGUAUGACAUCAAGCGUGCAGUGGUCCACACACAUCUUCUUAAUCCGGAGUGGCUGGUGAACUUCUUUGGCUCUCUGUCAGUGGAGGACUCUUUAGAGUGUCUCAGAGCCAUGCUGUCUGCCAACAUCCGCCAGAACUUGCAGAUAUGUGUCCAGGUGGCUUCUAAGUACCACGAGCAGCUCACCACUCAGGCUCUCACCGAGCUCUUUGAGUCCUUCAAAAGCUUUGAAGGCUUGUUCUACUUCCUCGGCUCAAUUGUCAACUUCAGCCAGGAUCCUGAGGUCCAUUUCAAAUACAUCCAGGCUGCCUGCAAGACGGGACAGAUUAAAGAGGUGGAGAGGAUCUGUAGAGAGAGCAACUGCUAUGACCCAGAGCGUGUCAAGAACUUUCUCAAGGAAGCUAAACUCACGGAUCAGCUGCCACUCAUCAUCGUCUGUGAUCGCUUCGACUUUGUUCACGACCUGGUCCUCUACCUGUACCGUAACAACCUGCAGAAGUACAUUGAGAUCUAUGUGCAGAAGGUGAAUCCUAGCCGUCUGCCUGUUGUCGUGGGUGGUCUGCUGGAUGUGGACUGCUCAGAAGAUGUCAUCAAGAGCCUGAUCCUUGUUGUCAGGGGACAGUUUUCCACUGAUGAACUGGUUGCUGAAGUGGAAAAGAGGAACAGACUGAAGCUGUUACUUCCCUGGUUGGAGUCUCGUAUCCAUGAGGGGUGUGAGGAACCUGCCACCCAUAAUGCCUUGGCCAAGAUCUACAUUGACAGCAACAACAACCCCGAGCGCUUCUUGAGGGAAAACCCCUACUAUGACAGCCGUGUCGUGGGAAAGUACUGUGAGAAGAGAGACCCCCAUCUGGCCUGUGUGGCAUACGAGAGGGGACAGUGUGACCAGGAGUUGAUCAAUGUGUGCAAUGAGAAUUCCCUGUUCAAGAGCUUGUCUCGUUACCUGGUCCGCCGUAAAGACCCUGACCUGUGGGGCAGUGUGUUGCUGGAGACCAACCCCUACAGACGUCCUCUUAUCGACCAGGUGGUGCAAACGGCUCUGUCUGAAACUCAAGAUCCAGAGGAGGUGUCGGUCACGGUCAAGGCUUUCAUGACUGCUGACCUUCCGAAUGAGCUGAUCGAGCUGCUGGAGAAGAUUGUGUUGGACAACUCUGUCUUCAGUGAACACAGGAACUUGCAAAACCUGCUCAUCCUCACUGCGAUCAAAGCUGACCGCACUCGCGUGAUGGAAUACAUCAACAGGCUGGACAACUACGACGCUCCCGAUAUCGCAAACAUCGCCAUCAGCAACGAGUUGUUCGAGGAAGCCUUUGCCAUUUUCAGGAAGUUUGAUGUCAACACAUCUGCUGUGCAGGUGCUGAUUGAACACAUUAGCAACUUGGACCGAGCGUAUGAGUUUGCUGAGCGCUGCAAUGAGCCUGCAGUGUGGAGCCAACUGGCCAAAGCACAGCUUCAGAAGGGGCUUGUGAAAGAAGCUAUCGACUCCUACAUCAAGGCUGAUGACCCAUCUGCGUACAUGGAGGUGGUGCAGGCGGCAGAUAAGAGCGGAAACUGGGAGGACUUGGUCAAAUUCCUUCAGAUGGCCCGCAAGAAGGCACGCGAGUCCUACGUGGAGACAGAGUUGAUCUUUGCUUUGGCGAAAACCAAUCGCCUGGCAGAACUGGAGGAGUUCAUCAACGGGCCGAACAAUGCUCACAUCCAACAGGUCGGCGACCGCUGCUACGAUGAGAAAAUGUACGAGGCUGCUAAACUGCUCUACAACAACGUUUCCAACUUUGGCCGCCUGGCCUCCACUCUCGUGCACCUCGGGGAGUAUCAGGCCGCUGUGGACGGGGCUCGGAAAGCCAACAGCACGCGCACCUGGAAGGAAGUCUGCUUCGCGUGCGUGGACGGGACGGAAUUCAGACUGGCUCAGAUGUGCGGCCUCCACAUCGUGGUUCACGCCGACGAACUGGAGGAGCUGAUCAACUACUACCAAGACCGUGGCUAUUUUGAGGAGCUGAUCACCAUGCUGGAGGCGGCGCUGGGUCUGGAGCGUGCUCACAUGGGAAUGUUCACCGAGCUGGCCAUCCUUUACUCCAAGUUCAAGCCCCAGAAGAUGCGUGAACAUCUGGAGCUCUUCUGGUCUCGAGUCAACAUCCCCAAAGUCCUGCGGGCGGCGGAGCAGGCGCAUCUGUGGGCUGAGCUGGUUUUCCUCUAUGACAAGUAUGAGGAGUACGACAAUGCCAUCAUCACCAUGAUGAACCACCCGACUGACGCCUGGAAGGAGGGCCAGUUCAAGGACAUCAUCACCAAGGUGGCCAAUGUGGAGCUGUACUACAAAGCCAUUCAGUUCUACUUGGAGUUCAAGCCUCUGUUACUGAACGACCUGCUGAUCGUUCUCUCCCCCCGACUGGACCACUCCCGCGCCGUCAACUUCUUCAGCAAGGUGAAGCAGCUGCCGCUGGUCAAGCCUUACCUGCGCUCGGUCCAGAACCACAACAACAAGUCUGUCAAUGAAGCACUUAACAACCUCUUCAUCACAGAGGAGGACUAUCAGGCACUGAGGACAUCAAUAGAUGCCUAUGACAACUUCGACAACAUCUCACUGGCUCAGCGCCUGGAGAGGCACGAGCUGAUCGAGUUCAGGAGAAUCGCUGCGUACCUCUUCAAGGGAAACAACCGCUGGAAACAGAGUGUGGAGCUCUGCAAGAAGGACAAGCUCUACAAGGAUGCCAUGCAGUACGCCUCCGAGUCCAAGGACACGGAGCUGGCUGAGGAGCUGCUGGCCUGGUUUCUCCAGGAGAACAAGAAGGAGUGCUUCGCUGCCUGCUUGUUCUCCUGCUACGACCUCCUGCGACCUGACGUGGUGCUGGAGACCACCUGGAGGCACAACAUCAUGGACUUCUCAAUGCCCUACUUCAUUCAGGUCAUGAGGGAGUACCUCAGCAAGGUUGACAAACUUGAAACCUCAGAGUCUCUAAGGAAAGAAGAGGAGCAGGCGACCGAGACGCAACCCAUCGUCUAUGGCACACCCCAGCUGAUGCUGACCGCAGGCCCCAGUGUCCCGGUCCCCCCCCAGCAGGCUUACGGCUACGGCUACCAGGCCCCCGCAGGAUACGGCCAGCCAGCAGCACAGCCGGGCUUCGGCUACGGCAUGUAAACCCCCCACCCCCGACUCCUCUCCACAUGCAGGCCUAAGCAGCCCAUCCACCCAUCGUCCAGUCCUCCAGACCGUCUCUGGCCCUCGCAGGGAUCUUGGGAAUAAACAGAAAAUGACCCCUCCCCUUUCUUUUUUUUUUUUUUUACUUUAUUUCUUCUCUUUUUUUAACUGUCAUGAAGGACUUUGUUUGCAAGGAUGAUUCAUUUUCUCACAUUCCACAUUGAUUCGAUUCUUUUUGUCUAUUUUAUUUGAGCGGGGAGCUGGUUUUGUACAGUGGGGGAGGGAGGGUGCUGCGAGAAGAGCGAGUCCUCUUCCUAGAAAGAAACGUGGUCUGUUGUGAAGCAUCUGAUUUGCACUCUGUAGUGAGAAGGAAUUAACGUAGACCCUCUUCGUUCGGUGCGUGUGUGCAGCUUCCUGUUGGACUGUAAAAAAAAAAACCCAUUGUUGUAUAGUGAGACACACAACUGCAUCUGUGUCCUCAUUGGAACAUCACCACCACCUCAACACUACGCUGUAGCAGUCGCGUCCCCACCAUGCACAACCUUCAGGGCUGAUUGUUGAAGAACCCCAGAGAGUAUUUUACAUACGAUUUUCAGGGAAGGCCGCGUCUUUCCAGCAAAACCUAUGCAGGACUCUCCAGCAAAUUUGCAUUUAGACAUUUUCAUGUGCUUUAAAUGUGUCUGAAACGGGACCUUUCUGCCUCUGGAGGGACUGGACCCAAGUCUGUAUCUCCCUGUAUCUCAGUUUUCACUAUCGUCCGGCCGCCUGCCGAGGUCGACCUUUGACCUCGGCGGACUCAUCCAGCUCUGAUAUCUCCCUGGACUUGUGGUAAUUUGAAGUUUUUAUUCAAAGGCUUGCGUGUAUACAGUAAAUCAAUCAUUAACUCCUUUGAAACUUAUAUUCUUAUCUAAAUAACUUAGAUUUAAAUUGUGCACUUAAACUAUUUGAUUGUGCAUAAACAAAUGAAUGAAACAGCGUUUUGUUAUCCACUUAAAAAAGAAAAAUAAAGGCUUCUUGUUUGU